CUGAGCUUUACAAACAUGACACCAACAAGACGCUGUAAGAAAUUCCUGUGCCACAGUUGUUGUCAAGGUUUCAACAUGGGCACCCAGCCACACACUGUGACCAAGGCAGAGAUCCCUGACUAUGUUCUUUACACCGUAGGAACAUGUGUGCUCAUUAUUGGCUCCAUUGGCAUCAUUGGAAACCUGCUAGUUCUCUAUGCAUUUUACAGCAACAAGAAGCUGAGGACACCCCAAAACUACUUUAUAAUGAAUUUGGCUGUGAGUGACUUCCUGAUGUCAGCUUCUCAGGCACCCAUGUGCUUUGUCAACAGCUUGCAUAGAGAGUGGAUACUUGGAGAUAUAGGCUGUGACUUGUACGCUUUCUGUGGGGCACUCUUCGGAAUAACCUCGAUGAUGACUUUAUUAGCUAUUUCUGUUGACCGCUACCUUGUGAUCACUAAGCCCCUGCAAUCCAUACAGUGGAGCUCAAAGAAACGCACAAUGCAGAUCAUCGCUGUUGUGUGGCUGUACUCGCUGGCAUGGAGCGUGGCUCCUCUUCUUGGAUGGAGUUCCUAUGUGCCUGAGGGCUUGAUGAUAUCCUGUACAUGGGACUAUGUAACCUACUCCCCUGCAAACAGAAGUUACACCAUGAUUUUAUGUUGCUGCGUGUUUUUUAUUCCCCUGAUAAUAAUAUUCCAUUGUUAUUUAUCUAUGUUCCUGGCCAUAAGACGUACUGGCAGAGAUGUUCAAAAGCUGGGAUCCUGCAGCCGGAAAUCCUACCUCUCUCAAUCCAUGAAGAAUGAAUGGAAACUGGCAAAAAUUGCUUUUGUGGUCAUCAUUGUGUUUGUCUUGUCCUGGUCUCCAUAUGCUUGUGUCACCUUGAUUGCCUGGGCAGGUCGAGCCAACAUCCUAACACCAUAUUCCAAAUCUGUGCCAGCAGUUAUUGCCAAAGCUUCUGCAAUCUACAACCCCAUCAUAUAUGCAAUAAUUCACCCAAGAUACAGAAAAACCAUCCACAAUGCUGUUCCCUGCUUGAGAUUCCUAAUACGAAUAUCAAAGAAUGACCUCCUGAGAGGCUCCAUAAAUGAGUCAUCAUUCAGGACCUCUCUCUCCAGUCAUCAGUCUCUUGCUGGCAGGACCAAGAGCACUUGUGUUUCAUCAGUUUCCACUGGAGAAGCUACCUGGAGUGAUGUAGAACUUGACCCUGUAGAGACAGCUCAUAAGAAGCUGCAGCCAUGCCGAAGUCACUCUUUCUCAACAAAUUCAAGACAGGAAAAGAGAGAUCUGCUCCCAAAGACCUACAGCUAUGAUGCAGCAACUGCAGAAAAGGUUUCACUCUCCUCCAGCUGUUUGGAGAAGGUGCUUAGGCAGCCAGUUCUACACGGUCUCCCUGCAACACUUGUGAUCAGCUCUCUAAAAGCAGCCUCUCUGCCUGUUGGUCUGAAUAGCAGCAGUGUGAGUAGAGGAGAGGGCUCAGGUACUCCACAGGCAGCAGCUCAAGAAAGUCAAGUGAAUGGUGUCCUGGGCUCCAUCAUUAGCAAUACAGUCCCUCGCAUCAUCAUCAUUCCUACCUCAGAGACAAACCUAUUUCGAGAGGAAAUGGAAGAGGAAGAGACUGAAUUAUUCCACUUUCAUGACAAAAAGGGCAAUCUGCUGGACUUGGAAGGGCUUAGCUCAUCCAUGGAGUUCCUUGAAGCUGUUGAGAACUUUCUAUCAUAAGUUUCUCAAAAGAAAACUUUCCAGUAAUUAUUUUCUUGGCAUCUUCUCCACUUAAUUAUACCAAAUAACUAAAGCCUUGUAGGUUAGAUCAUCAGACUUUCUGUAUGUUUAUACAGUAGUCACUAGGCAGCCUUCAGAUUUAUCUUUGUCCAGACCAGCUCAGGCAUGGAAACAGGCUUUCUUUCAGAUUAUGCUGCAGGAAAUGAGCAGUGGAAGAUCUGGCAACAUGAUUGAGUGACAUUGGUCGAGCUGUCUGCCUGCUUCGUAGGGCCCUGACUUGUAACCAUGGAUGAAGAUGCCAGCAGAAGGAAAACUGACUGAGCAACAGCAGGGGCAGCUGCUGAAUGUUGCUGCUACCUGAGCAUGAAGUGGCAUUCCUGCUUUGACUGCUGCCUUUUGGAUGGUGAUGGGAAGAGCCACAAGACCACAGUUUCCACCAGUUGCAACGGUAACACAGAUGGCUCAAUGAUCUGAACUAAAUUUGAAUCAAAUUAUUUUCAGUGUGACUUCUGUUGUGUUUUGUUUUUUAAAUAGGCAGCUUGCUAAAAACAAACAGAUGGUGUAAGUGGGAAGUGACUGCUUGCCUUUGAAGUUUAGUGCUACAAGUCUGGAUUUUACCUCAGCACGAGCAUGAUUACCUGAAUGUUGAAUUACCAGGUGCUGUAUGCUAAAACAUACGCUACUACCUAUAGAAGCACUUAGAGCAUCUUCAGAGUUACAGUCUUGAUUAGAUAUAUGUGGAUCCUAAUGAGUCUGUGAUUAAAAGGGUGAAUGUUCACAGCUGGCUUGACAAGUCAGUGAUAAAAAUAAAGCCUUGGCUGCUGUGUAUAACUUCUUUCUUCAGAGGAGAUUUUUCUCCCCUCCUCUAAAAUGACACAGUGGAUGUCUUCUCCUACUGGUCACUUACCAGAGGGUUUCAGAGCAGGUAAAACUUUGUCCUGGGGAGAAAACACAGUACUGUGGUGUUUGCUACAGGAUUUGUACUUGCAUCGUUAUCUGUGGUUACUGACUGUGUUAUUUCAUCUGUGCUUCACUUUAUGGCUCAGGCUCAUAAGAGCCUCCUAGCAUUUUAUUCUGAACUGUAUUCUUAAUUUCAUUAUUCAUUUUCCCAUUUCUCCACUUCCUUUCAGUCUCUGACUUUCAAAUGUAGGCAACUUGAACUGUUUUUCUCCACAUUGUAUUAGUAUAUCUUAGCAGAAAGCAGGCAUUUAUCUGGAUAUAAUAAUGCAAAUACUUGGUCUCCAGUGAGUCUAGUCACAUUCAGGCAUCCCACAAGACAGUGAGAGUUUAUGUUCAUAGUCCUGAUUUAUUCCCUUGACUGUAUCCUAGAUUGUGCAGAGACCACUGAGAGCAUUUCCCAUUCUUGUGUAUGCACUGGCUGGUCUUGAGAAGUAAUUUCUCUUUUCCUGUUCUAUCAAUGGAAAAAAAAAACCAGAUGAAAAAUAGAAAGCAUAGAUGUAUAUUCUUUAAAUUAUUUUUUUAUUACAAAAGUUAACACAAAUCCUGUUUGCAACUAGCUAGACAGGAACAAUACUGAAGAACAAGCUAAACCCCAAAGCAGUACAAGAGAGACAGGAAUACCUCACUCGCAGAUCUGAAGCUUUGCAGGGUGUCAUCACAGCAGACCUUUGAGACACUUGCUUUUGGUAUAGGCUAAAAAAAAAGCACUGAUGGGUUACAAAGCUGAUUACUGAGACUGGCUGCCUACUGCAAUGCUAACAUUAAAUGCUGCUAUUAUUUGAGCUACCUUCCUGUCUAGAGACCCUCACCAGAAACAAGGCCAAUGUUCCUCCUUACCUUGUAGAGGAGGGGUGAAAGUAGUGGUGAAGCCACAUCAUAUAUAUGUUUGCCUGUGUGCUGCCCUGGUGCUGGGAGCCAGGGCUAAGCAGGGGCAGCACCAUGUUGUGGUACCUGCAGCAGGGCUGCCAAAGGCUGUGCCCACCCAGUGGUGGGUUUUCUGCUGAGGCCAGGAAUGACAAGGUCAUUUUCCCCUAUGUCAGCUGUGCAGGCAGUGACCUUGCUACUUCUUGCAUUUAAUAUUCUCUGCUGCUGUACCUCCUUUCUUCUCAAGCCAGAUGUUGGGAAGCAAGUGUUCUUAUAAGGCUUCCAAGUCUCAAACCUGAUUUUUACUCUUGUAAUUACUCUAAAUAACAAUAAGAAAAUGUAUUUGGUGUUCCAAGAUAUAAAAACAUGCCCUGGAGCAGAUUUUACACUCAGAUGUUGACAGAUUUGUACUGGUAUGAGUGUAACAGGAUAUUGCCAUAGUUUCAGACAGGAUGAAGAAAGUAAGACCUAAAGUAACAGUCAACAAAUUCCUCUGUAUCCAGACAAAACUUUGCAUUCUACUUGUUAGGCUGAAAGAUGACUUUCCAGUGAUCUCUUGGUAUGUGCUGGUUCUAAUAAAGUGUAUCAGAAAACUAGGGGGCUUGAGGUACGUGCAAAGAAGUGUUUUACUUUUACACUGUUAAUGUCAUAUACUGUUAGUACCAUUGCUUCUAAAGCUAAUGUCAAGAUUACUGUUUACAUCAAAUUAUGUAGGCUAGAAUGACAAAUAAGAUAGCAGUAGAGAGAUAAAACAUAAAGUUGUAUGGAAUAUCAGUUAGACUUAUUACAUUCACUGUGAGGUUUCUGCAGAAACACCAGUCACAGAGUAAAUGAGUCUUAAAUUGACUACCACAAUGCAGGAAAAAUUUGCAGAAUUCUCUGUUGCCACAGUAGAAUAGAUGGCACAUAUAACUGUACAAUGUUAACUGUUGCUUCCCAUUACAUAAAGAAAUGUAUUGAUUCACUCAAAUGGAAUAAAAAAAAUC